AUGCCUGGAAAUGACAUAGAUGUUUACCUAGAGCCCUUGAUCAAUGAGUUGAAGCAGUUAUGGGUUGGUGUUGAAACUUACGAUGCAGUCGAGAAAAAAACCUUCAAGAUGUAUGCUACAUUGAUGUGGACAAUCAGUGAUUUUCCAGGGUUGGGCAAGUUAUCUGGGUGGAAUACAAAAGACCAGUACUCCUUUGAUGGAAAGAUAAAGAAUAGAGGUCUACCUGUCAAAUUCUCUAGUGGAGACAUUGUGAGGCAAUUAGAAGGUGUGCACGUCCAACUUGGCAAGAAGAAGAGGAGUAUAUUCUUUGAGCUGCCCUAUUGGGAGAACAAUGGAUUGCGUCACAAUCUUGAUGUCAUGCACAUAGAUAAGAAUGUGUGCGACAACAUAGUUUUCACCAUACUGAAUGAGAAAGACUUACGACAGCGCAAGUUGUCGGGAUUGAAAAGUCACGACUGUCACAUUCUAAUGGAACAUCUACUGCCAAUUGCGUUAAGGAAUGCAUUUCCUGCCCCAGUGUCUUCUGUCCUGGUGGAUUUAUCAUCCUUUUUUCGCCAAUUAUGCAGCAAAUCGAUAGACUCUCAAAAACUUUCUCUCCUUCAAGAUCACGUGGUUCAUACUCUGUGCCACAUGAAAAUGAUUUUCCCUCCUUCUUUCUUCACAGUCAUGGUUCACUUGACAGUGCAUCUGGUCGAGAAGGUGCGUCUCGGUGGCCCAGUGCAUUAUAGGUGGAUGUACCACAUUGAAAGAUCACAACCAGAGGGCUCAAUUGCAGAGGGAUACUUAUCUGAGGAGAUUCUCAUUUUUUGUGCAAGGUACCUAGAUAAUGUCGAGAGUAGGAUUAAUCGACCAAUGCGUGUUGACGAUCGACUGCGUGAUCUUAUGCCUGAUGAAAGUGCAACCAUGUACCCAGAGGUUGGAAAGGCUGUCGGGGCUGCUUUUUUUACAUUAGCACACCAAUUGAAAAAUUCCAAGCUCAUCGUCAUUGAUUUUAGGGCCAUCACAAAGAGAAAGUUACGAAGUAGGACAAGGUCCCAGUCUCACAUAGACAAUGUUGUGCAUAGAAAAUUUUCUGAGUGGUUCAAGCGUGAGGUUCUAUUGGGAAGCAUCAUGCACCCGAACCAAUUGCAAUUGCUUGCAUGUGGGCCCAAUGUUCAAGCUAGCCGCCUUACAUCUUACAACAUAAAUGGAUUUAAGUUUAAAACUUUGUCGAGAGAAAAAGGGUUGAAAACCCAAAAUAGCAGGGUUUAUGUCACUUUUGACACUAGGAGUUAUGCAAGCAAGCACGACAGUAAUGCUGCUGUUGGUAGCAUCUCAGGCAUAAAACAAGACUCCUUGGGGCACACAUUGGUCAACUUCUCUCAUCCAAUUCAUACUGGUGAUCAAGAAGAUGACGAACCAUACAUUAUUGCAUCCGAGGCUCGCCUUGUAUACUAUGUGGAUAAUGAAGUUGAUAAAGAAUGGAGUAUAGUAGUCCAUGUGAACCCAAGGGAUAUGUUUGAUAUGGGUGAAGACAUAGGACAAUAUCACUUCAAACUUUUCCCCCAACCAAUUUUGACUGGGUUGUCUGAGUUUGACUUUGAAGGUUUGUCAUUGAGAAGGGACAACGAUUUAGAAGAAUCUGCCUGA